UCUGUGCCUCCGGAGGUUUUCUGCCUGCCUGUCCCCAUGCCUCUCCUCCUGCUGCUCCUGUUCCCAAGCCUUUCACACCUCCAUCCCACCUGCAAGGUCUCCCAAGUGGCCAAGGAGGUGGAAGUGAACUGUGAGAAUCAGGGCCUGAAGGUGCUGCCUCUAGAAUUGCCAGCAGACACAACCAUUCUCCACCUGGGCCAGAACCCCCUGGGCACCUUCUCCAUGGCGUCCCUGGGGCCUCUGACCCGCCUUACUCAGCUGCACCUGGGUAGGAGCCAGCUGACCGAACUGCAGGCUGGUGAAAAACUGCCACUGCUGCAGGCCCUGGAAAUGCCCCACAAUAACUUGGUAAGCCUGCCCCUGCUAGGACAGACACUGCCAGCUCUCACUACCCUGGACGUCUCCUUCAACAAGCUGGCCUCGUUGUCUCCUGGUGCCCUGGAGGGCCUGAGCCAGCUCCAGGAGCUCUACCUGCGUGGCAAUAAGCUGAAGACCCUGCCCCCCCGGCUCCUGGCACCCACAACCCGGCUGAAGAAGCUCAAUCUGGCUGAGAACCAGUUGAUGGAUCUGCCUGUUGAGCUCCUCGAAGGGUUGGAGGAUCUUGACACCCUCUACCUCCAAGGAAACUGGCUGCGCACAGUACCAGAGGGCUUUUUCGGGGACCUCCUUCUGCCUUUUGCUUUUCUCCACAGCAACCCCUGGUCCUGCGACUGCAGCCUCCUUUAUUUCAGCCGCUGGCUGCAAAACAAUGCUAACAACGUCUACUUAUGGAAGGAGGGUGUGAAUGUCACGGCCAUGACCCCCAACGUGGAGAGUGUGCAAUGUGUCAAUAUAGGCAAAACAUCGGUCUCUGCCUACUCAGGGGAGGGCUGCUCUCCUCUCGAGGCUAACACAGGUGACUAUGAUUACUAUGAAGGGGGCACUACCACAAGAGCUGUGGUCACCAACACCAAAGCCCAUACAACCCACCGGGGCCCACUGUACUCAGAAUUUACUGCUUCUCCAGACAGCCAGAUGCCCUACUCGCCUCCAACCCAAGAGUCCACUAAGAAACAGACCACAUUCCCAACCACCAUAGAAUUCAUCCCAUUCUCCAAAACUCCUAAACCCACCACCACCCCGACCACCCCAGAGCCCACCUCUCCGACCACCCCAGAGCCCACCACCACCCCGACCACCCCAGAGCCCACCUCUCCGACCACCCCAGAGCCCAUCACACCGACCACCCCAGAGCCCACCACCACCCCGACCACCCCAGAGCCCACCUCUCCGACCACCCCAGAGCCCACCACCACCCCGACCACCCCAAAGCCCAUCACACCGACCACCCCAGAGCCCACCACUCCGACCAUCCCAGAGCCCACCACCACCCCGACCACCCCAGAGCCCACCUCUCCGACCACCCCAGAGCGCACCACCACCCCGACCACCCCAAAGCCCAUCACACCGACCACCCCAGAACCCACCACCACCCCGACCACCCCAGAGCCCACCACCACCCCGACCACCCCAGAACCCACAACUCCGACCACCCCAGAGCCCACCACAACCCCAACCACCCCAGAUCAUACAACCCAAACCAACUCAGAACUGACCAUAUUAACCAGCACAGAACCCACCUCACUCCCUAUUUUGGAAUCCACAACAAUCAUCUCUGAAUUUGUUGACCUCCCAGAGGCUCAUGAGGUGGCCCAAGGGAAGAUGGAUAGCUCCAGAAAUGACCCUUUUCUCAACCCUGACUUUUGCUGUCUCCUCCCCUUGGGCUUCUACAUCUUGGGUCUCCUCUGGCUCCUGCUUGCCACUGUGGUCCUCAUUCUGCUGCUAACCUGGGUUUGGCACAUGAAACCACAAGCCCUGGCCACAGCCAAACAUGCCACUCAUCUGGAGCUGCAGAGGGGAAGGCAAGUGGCUGUGCCCCAGGCCUGGCUGCUUUUCCUCCAAGGAUCACUCCCAACUUUCCGCUCCAGCCUCUUCCUGUGGGUCCGGCCUAACGGCCGUGUGGGGCCUCUGGUGCCAGGACGGCGGCCCUCAGCUCUGAGUCAGGAUCGUGGUGAGGACCUGCUGGGUACAGUGGGCAUUCGGUAUUCUGGCCACAGCCUCUGAGAGUGGGUGAUUUGGGGACUCUGAGAGGCUCUGAUGCAUGGGGGUGGGGGUGUUUCUCAGACCACGGUGUUAUUACCACUUAGGGGAAGUUUUAGGAAAAAAACAAAUAGAAAGCAGAAUAGUGCCUGGCUGGUGUGGCUCAGUGGCUGAGCGUCAACCCAUGCACCAAGAGGUUGCUGGUUCAA